AUGAAGGCCGCCGGGCUCGCUGCUCCCCUCCGCCGGAGCGGGCUCAGCGCCGCGUCAACCCGCUGCCGACUCCUCUCUAGCCAGCUCAUCACUCCAGCGAUCGCCUCCCAUGGUCUUCAGUCGCGUUGUCAACGGCGCACAGUGGCCUCUACGCCGCAAAACUCGGCUGCUCUGCGGGACAUCCUCCGCGUCUCGGACGAGGUUGCCGAUGCCGUCCGGCUAAACAAGCCCGUCGUUGCUCUCGAGUCUACCAUUUACACCCACGGCGCGCUGGGCAAGGAUCUCGCUCGUGAGCAUGACGACCUUGUUCGCAGCCACGGCGGCAUCCCCGCCAUUAUUGCCAUUGUUGACGGUGUUCCCACUGUCGGCGCCUCGACCCAGGACAUUGUCCGCAUGAUCGAGGACAAGGACACAACUAAGGUUUCGAGAAGAGACAUCUCUUACCUGGUGGGCAUGGGCCUUGCCGGCCGCAAGAUUCACGGCGGCACAACCAUAUCCGGCACCAUGCUUCUCGCCAGACUAGCUGGCAUUCGCGUCUUCGGCACUGGUGGCCUCGGAGGCGUUCACCGCGGCGGGGAGAGCUCCAUGGAUGUGUCCGCCGAUCUCACCGAGCUGGGCCGCACCCGGGUCGCCGUCAUCAGCAGCGGCUGCAAGGGUUUCCUCGACAUCCCCCGCACUCUCGAGUAUCUCGAGACGCAGGGCUGCCUCGUAUCAACUUUCGCCGACGGCCGCACCGGGAAGAUCGACUUCCCUGCCUUUUGGGCGCGCGACAGCGGCACCAAGAGCCCGUCCGUCGUCUACACCGAAAAGGAGGCCGCCGCCAUGAUCCUCGCCCAGGAGCGCCUCGGCAUCGAGUCGGGCAUGCUCUUCGCCAACCCCAUCCCUGAAGAGUUUGGCGUCCCAUCAGCAGACAUGAGCGCCGCGAUCGAGCUGGCCGUGCGCGAAGCGGUGGAAAAGGGUUUCACGGGCAGCAAGAACACGCCGUACGUGCUGCAGCGGUUGAAGGAGAUUACGGGCGAAAAGGCCGUCGUUGCAAACAAGGCUCUGGUGACGUCCAACAUCAUCCGGGCGACCAACGUCUCCGUCGAGCUGUCCCGAAUGUUGACGUCGGGUGCCGGGCCGGUGAUGAGCUCUGGCGCGCCUGUGGUGACACCCAAGGCGGAUAUUCUCGUAGCCGGAGCUGUGGCUGUCGAUUUGAGCUGUGACUUCAAGAGCGCCAGGGCUGGUGAGACGGCGCCGCAACCGCAUACGUCGAACCCAGCCCAGAUCAGUCAGUCCAUCGGCGGUGUCGGCCACAAUGUCGCCCUCGCGGCCCAUCUGGCGAGCAAGCAGGCCCGAGUGCAGUUCUGCAGUAUGGUCGGCGACGACGUGGCUGGGUCCACGGUGCUCACAUCCCUGGAGGCUGCCGGCCUCGGGGGUGCCUUUGUCCGCAAGUUGGACCAGCAGUCACAUCCCGGAAGCCGUACCGCGCAGUAUGUUGCAGUGAACGACGGGAGCAAGAAUCUGGUCAUGGCCAUGGCAGACAUGGGCAUCUUUACGCAGCACGCUUCCGAAGAACUCCGAGAGUCCGCCGUGGCGGCCACGUCGCCCAAGUGGACCGUCGUCGACGGCAACUGGGCCGCAAAGGACAUCAAGGCUUGGAUCAAGACGGCAAAAGACCACAACUCCAAAGUCGCCUUUGAGCCCGUCUCGGUUGAAAAGUCAAAGGGCCUGUUUGGUCCUCAGCGACGGGUGCCCAAGCUGGGCGUCUUUCCCAGUGCCAGCGUGGACCUCGCCUCACCAAACAUCUACGAACUGUCGGCCAUGUACACAGCGGCAAAGGAGAACGGCUACCUCGAGCUGGGGCAAUGGUUCGACGUCAUCGACGCCUUCGGCAUGACCGGCGCCCGGGACCGGUUCGUGCGCCUCACGUCCCCUGCACUCACCGACGCUGGCGUCCCCGUGCAAUGCGUCAACCUGCUCCCCUACAUACCCACCCUCAUCACAAAACUCGGCGCCGACGGAGCCUUGCUCACGAUGCUCCUGGGCCGCGACGACCCGCUGCUGCGCGAUCGUGACGCAGAGGAGUACAUCCUGACGCGCGCUGCGCCGAACCACGAGUCCGUGGGCGGCAUCUACAUGAGGAUGUUCCCGGCGGCGGAGACGGUGCGGGACAUUGUCUCAGUCAAUGGCGUGGGCGACACGUUCCUCGGCGUCUUGAUCUCUGGGCUGGCCCAGGGAGGGCGCGUCGAGCACCUGAUAGACGUGGCGCAGAGGGGUGCGGUGCUGACGCUCAAGAGUGCCGAGUCUGUUAACCCGAAGCUGGGACAGCUGGAAGAGGACCUGACUAGGGCAGCGUCCCGGAGAUAG